UAGGCAGCUCGUGGCAGCCACAAGUAAGCAAGCUGAGCUAGCUAGCUAUCCUACAGUAAAGAACACACGUACGUAUCUAUACAGAUUGUGAGCUUAGCAUAGCUGCCAUGGGUUCCAGCUGCAGGGCAUGGCAUUGCUUGCUCGCUCUCUUCCUCCUCUCCUCCGCCGCGUAUGGGCAGCUCUCGCCGUCCUUCUACGCCAGGAGCUGCCCGACGCUGCAGCUCAUCGUGCGUGCCACAAUGCUCAAGGCACUCCUCACAGAGCGCCGCAUGGGCGCCUCCCUCCUAAGGCUCCACUUCCAUGACUGCUUCGUUCAAGGCUGCGACGGAUCGAUUCUUCUGGAUGACGUUGGCAGCUUCGUCGGCGAGAAGACAGCCUUUCCAAACGUCAAUUCCGUGCGUGGCUACGAGGUGAUCGACGAGAUCAAGAAGAACGUGGAGCUGGUCUGCCCUGGCGUUGUCUCCUGCGCCGACAUCGCCGCCCUAGCAGCAAGGGACGGCACGUUUCUGCUCGGCGGGCCCAGCUGGGCGGUGCCGCUCGGCCGGCGCGACUCGACGACGGCAAGCCUGAAGGAAGCGAACGCCGACCUCCCCCCUCCGUCCUUGAACCUGGACCAGCUCAUCAAGGCGUUCGGGAAGAAGCAGCUGAGCCCGCGCGACCUGACGACGCUCUCCGGCGCGCACACCAUCGGCUUCUCGCAAUGCGUGAACUUCCGCGACCACAUCUACAACGGCACUAACAUCGACCCGGCCUUCGCCACGCUACGCAAGCGGAACUGCCCCGCCGUGGCACCCACCGGCGACAGCAACCUGGCACCGUUCGACGUGCAGACGCAGCUCGUCUUCGACAACGCCUACUACCGCAACCUAGUGGCCAAGCGCGGCCUGCUGCACUCGGACCAGGAGCUCUUCAAUGGCGCCUCGCAGGACGCCCUGGUGCAGCUGUACGUUGCCAAUCCGUCCCUUUUCGCCUCCGACUUCGUGGCGGCCAUGAUAAAGAUGGGGAACAUCGGCCCGCUCACCGGUACCGCCGGCCAGAUCAGGCGCAACUGCAGGGUCGUCAACAGCUGAUCGAUUAUCGAUCAUUAAAGGAUCUGUAUAGUAUAUAAGCGUGUAACGGUAUGAUCAUAUAAGAUGCGAUGUGCGCAUUUGAUUGGCUACAAUGGUAACAAGCCAGCUUGCAUGCAUGCAAGAAUAAGAGCCGUUUGUCUCACAUAAUACCUUGGCUGGGCCGCUGGGGUUCAGAAGUAUCCCCUAGAUACCUUUUCUUCAUGUAAGUUGCCAACAUAUGCAGUACGACUGGAAACCAAUCAUGGUUUUUUAUAUGAA